UUGCUUGUCAAAGUCAAAUAGUGAAAUCAUAAAACAUUUCAAUUCAAAAUUCAAUGUUAUUCAGAAAAGUUAAAAAAGUUUUUAGUGCAAACGUUUGUGUGAACUUUUAAAAAAAAUGUGAUUAAUUUGCUUAGUUUAAGGGUUAAAGACUAUACAUAAAAAUUCCUAUUGGACUAGUUUGAUAGAAAACAUAGGUGCAGUUUUUGACUUCCAGGAAUUUUGUGUUGUUAUCAAUUCAAUUAACAAUAUGGACGAACGAUUUGUUUAAUUGUUUACUUCCAAGAAUUGAUUUUACCUACUAGUUAAAUAAAGGAAAUAACAUUCUCAGAUCUCAAUAUAACAGACUAAAGAUGGACGCGUCAGUAAUAAAAGGAUUAUUUAUAAUUAUGGCCUUUCUGGAAGUAAAUUCAAAGAAUUUGUGUAAUGUUGAUAAAACGCGCAAAUGUGAUUGUUUCAACAACGGGGAGUAUGAAUUCCAGUGUCCUGCCAUAAAGAACAACGUUUUGAUUAAAUCGACUCCUAAUAAGAACCUCGAAAUCGAAUGCAAGGAUUUAGACGUUUUCAAUAUGGAUUUUUUACCCCAGUACAAAGCCGGGGAUGUCAAGUUUGUAUCGUUCAAAUAUUGCCCGUUGCCCGAUGACAAUUUUCAACCCAUAUUAACGCAUUUCGGAAUUAAUAAUUUUACCAUAUUUAAAUUGGAGAAUGUCACCAUACCGGAAUCAUCGUUGAAUCAAACAAUUUCUAAGGACUUGUUUCGUGGAUUAUCGAAUAUUAAAGAAUUGGAAUUAACCAAUAUAUAUUAUAAGCUCGAAGAUGAUGUUCUGGAUUACCUACCAAAUUUAAGCAAUUUUGUGUUGGACCACAGUGAAGUAGACGAUAUUAGUACGUUGAAAUUCCCACCGUCACUCAAAGUGUUACAUCUCACUGGAAGCAUCAUUUCCGAUGUCCCUGUUGGACUAUUUAAAAAUCUUAAUAAAUUGUACCAACUCCAUUUGUGGGGUAACAACAUUACGCGUAUACAAAACAAUACUUUUGUAGGUUUACACAAUUUGACAUCCUUAGAGCUCAGCAGCAACAGCAUCGAAGACAUUGAGGAAGACGGUUUUGCAGACCUUAAAAAACUUCGAAGCAUCAAUUUAAGAUUGAAUAGACUUAACAAGGUUUCGGUCAACAUUUUUAAACACAACAAAUACCUAGAUAAUAUUAGAAUGGAAGAUAAUCCCAAAUUGGUAUUGCCCGAUUAUCUUUUCGCCGAUUUGCCGAAUUUAGAUAUCGUGAAUUUGAAAAAUUCCGGAAUCGAAGACGUUCCCGAGAACUUAUUUAGAGGGUCAAAAGCUGUCAGAACAAUUAAGUUGCAUAUAAACCGAUUGAAAAAUUUACCUGAGAGGAUUUUCUAUGAAUUGACGAAAUUAGAAAAUUUGGAUUUGAGCAGAAACAUGUUAUCUUCGCUUCCGGAUGAAAUAUUCUUAAGUUUGAACUCUUUGGUCGACUUGAAUUUAAGCUUCAACAACCUAUCGAAUAUUACCAACGAGUUAUUCAGGAAAACGGAGAAAUUGAAGAUUUUAAAUCUUAGAUACAACAAAAUCUCUUUUAUCGAAUUCAACAGUUUCUAUUAUCUCGGAAGCUUGACGUCCCUAGAUUUAUCUCAUAAUCGGUUCAAGAUGACUUAUAGCAUCAACGAAAAUCCGUUCAACAAUAUUCUCAAGCUGGAGAGUCUUAUGUUGAGGAAUAAUCUUAUUGAAGAAUUGCCAGAUUUUAAUAAUUUAAUUUACCUCCAAACAGUCGAUUUAAGUUAUAACAGCAUAAAGGACGUUCCUGUGCACUAUAUUAUUUCUCAACCCUCUGAAUCUCUGAAAUUAUUCAACCUAAGCAACAACGCAAUAAAGUACGUCGAUUUAAAAUAUGUAGAUGUUCUGCUGGAGGCUAACAAUCCGCCCAGGUCACAAGUGCAAGUCGACUUACAAAAUAAUCCUUUGGUUUGCGAUUGCACUAACUACGAUCUGGUUCAAUACUGCCAACAAAUGAAACCGAAGGUCACGGCGCAAAUAUACCUUCAGGUAGGAGGCACCCGUUGCACGCAACCCGAGAUAUUCCAAGACAUUCAAAUUCAGCAACUGAAGCCCGAAAACGUCAGCUGCGAAAAACCGGUAAAAGGUUGUCCGAAAGAGUGCAAAAGUUUCUGGAGGCCGUUUAAGAGUUUCCUCGUUUUCGAUUGUUCGAAUAGGAACCUGACCAGCUUCCCUAAGAUACCGGUCAACGAUCACGAAAACGUUGAGUUGAAUUUGAUCGGAAACGACAUUCGAGGCGGGCUCAAUUCUAGCCUGGGUUACCAAAAUGUCAAGAAUCUAUUUUUAUCCAAUAAUAAGUUGCAAGAAUUGAAGUGGAUCCCGCAAGGAAUCGAGAAAUUGACGUUAGAUCGCAACGAGUUAACUCACUUAGAUCCGGAGCUUCUGGAGAUUAUGAACAAUGCAUCUUUAAAGAUUUUGAAAUUGUCGCAUAAUCCGUGGUCCUGUGGAUGUUCUGCACUCAAUCUUCAAAUAUUUAUCAAAGAUAAUUUCAGGAAGUUUCAGAUUAAUUCGGCAGAUGUAAUCUGUAGGGACGACAACAAACCACUGGUAGAAAAACGGGAGCUUUGCAAAUCCACGUCGUUCAUCUUAAUGAUCGUCCUACCAAUCCUUAGUUUCUUGUUAUUAACCGUCGCAAGUCUUGUUCUCUACAUCUACUACAGACAAGAGGUGAAAAUUUGGCUAUUCUCCAAGAAUCUCUGUCUUUGGUUCGUUAGCGAGGAAGAACUUGACGAAGACAAAAUAUACGAUAUAUUUCUCAGUUACUCUCACCGAGACGAAGAUUUCGUCAUUCAAAAUUUACUACCCGUACUGGAAACCGGACCUAAACCGUUCAAAACCUGCAUUCAUGUCAGAGAUUGGGAGGGCGGGGAGAUGAUUUUGACCCACGUCAACAAUUCCAUCGCCAAUUCCAGAAGAACCCUUGUGAUACUCUCCAAUAACUUCUUGGAGAGCGAAUGGGGAAAGGUAGAAUUCAAAUCGGCCCAUUUAAAGGCCUUAGAAGAGGGCAGAACGAGACUAGUUGUGGUGAAAUACGGCGAUCUGGAUGAAAAAAGACUCGAUUCCGAUAUUAAAGCCUACCUCAGUACGAACACUUACAUCGAGUGGGGCAAACCGUGGUUCUGGAAUAAACUCAAAUACGCUUUACCGCAUUCUAGCAAAAACGGUUUCUACAAAUCGAAUCAGAAACACGCGAACGUCAUGUUGAAAAUCGACGAUAAAUUCGAGUUGACCGCGCCGCCUUUGAAACAGCCCGAAAGUACGCCCCCCGUGAUAACUUUGGAUCCUGCUUUACUUAAAAAACAUCCUUUGCAUUUCAAUAACGUCAAUUCGGAAUCGAACCGUCCAUUAGAGGUUCCGCUAGUCGUUAAUACGUGAUUUUAAUUUUAUGUGUGCCAAUCGAAAUUACAUUGCUGUGAAGAAAGUGCUGUAUAAAUUGUGAUUCAUAUGUGUGUACUUCAAGACUUAAACUUUCAGAUAAAUAUGACAAAAUUUUAAAAUAGGUCAAUGACAAGAGGUCUUUUUCAAUGGGAAAUCUGCAAUAAAAUUUGAGGUAACCUGUAAUCAUUUUUUAAAGCAGGAAUUCAGAUUUCGUUAACUGUUGUGAAUACAAAGUUGGUUAAAUGGGAAAAAGAUGUGUAUUUUCAAGAAAUAUUUAUUGGUUUUUUUUUUUUUUCAAAAUUAAAAUGUCGGGUCCGUUUUCAUAGAUAUUUGGACAGAACACCGAAAUUUGAUUAUCACCAAUAAUUUCCAUCUAAAAUAUAAGUUUUGAAACAAUAUUCGAAGCUUUUAUGUAUAAAUAUCAAAACACCUCCAAUAGAACGGGAUUUGGAAUUUCACCAUAUGCAGUUAUAAUUAGAAUAAUUUCAACAUCUUCGAUGUCAUCAAUGGCUCUUGUUUCACUCAAUGAGUUUAAGAAUGUAGCACAAAAUAUUAGCUUGUAUAUUAUCAUUAGGUUUGUUCCAACAGCUCCUUUCUGGUGUGCAUGGAUGCAUUCGUAAACUAAUCACUGCACAUGUCAGUCCGUUUAUUCAUCCGUUGUUUAAUCAGCGAUUUGUACUUGUUGGAACGCAAAAUACAAUGGAAUUGGACAAACCAAACACAUGUUUGGUGAAUUGCUAUUUUAAACAUUAUUUAAAAUACAACAAAACACAUUUAUUUAGCUGUCUCGAACGCUCUAUGUAAAUGUAUAAUUUUGAAACCUUAAGAUGUUUUUUUAUUAAAAAUAAGUACUUAUUUUACAUAAAAAAACCGUACACAAGAUAAAAACAUAAAUUAUUUCAUUUAAAAGAAAUAGAAACCCAAGCCACUCUAAGCUAACUUAAAAUCCGAACAAUUACAAAUAGCACAUACGAGAAGAGACGUUCAAAUGCGCAUGUGCUGAUAUAUUGUACAAGCUAUGAAGCUCUGAUCGUUUUGACAAUCCACCGACUCAUUCAUGUACGAAUCAGAAAAUACUUUGGAUCGUUUUACUGACAGUUCAUCGGAUCAGAUUCGCUGUUGGAACAAACCUUUUAUUUUUUAGAAAGCUCUGUGAAUUUAGAUAUACAGUAAUACCCCGGACUUACGCGAUAGGUAUGACCAAGAGAUAGCCGUGUAAGUCGAAUUCGCGUAAGUCGGGGUUCAAUUUUGCAUAUAAAUACGUAUAAAGUUUGUGUAAUCGGGACCAGAGUGAGUCUAAAGAAAACAAUAAUUUAGAAGAAACAUGUUCAAUAAAAUGUUACAUAAUAAAAACAAUUUACAUUACUAUUAAUAAAACAACGUAAACCGAAGUAUUUUGAUGUCGAAGGCUUCAUAUAUUCUAGUUAAGUUUUACUUCUCACGUAAAAUUUCCUCGAAGCAUCCCAACAUCUUUUUUAUUUCCCGUUUUGUAGUAGAAUCCAUUUAAAAUUAGUAUAGACUUAAUUUUGAUUGUACAUUUACUGCCCAUCUAAUAAAUAAAACACAAAUCUAAAUACAUCCAAACGUUUAUUUAAAAAUUAACGUGAUAUUUAGCUCAGCGACCGAUGAAUGUUCUCGCGCAUUUCACUUAAGAUUUUAAAAACUUAGAAAUCCAGAGUUUUGAUAAAUCAGAUUCAUAAUAAUGGUGUUUCGGGUCGCACAUAAAAGCUUGGCGGGACCGCAGGUUGGUCUAGAUCAUUCUCUGUAUUUAUUUGUUCCUAUCUUCUUAGAAAUCUAUUACUUAAAAAUUUAAGAACUUUUUAGGAAUUGUGAAAAUGAAUAGGACCGUACUUAAAAAAAAUUGGUUGGGUAAAAAAUAAAUGGAGGUUUCAAAAAUGAUCAAAAAUACAAGUUGAGAGAGACUAAAAAAGAACCAAUAAAUUCACUUCUUUUUUUCCAAUUUAAACAACUGGUAUCUAUAACGAUUAAUUAAAUCUUUUCUAUACUGUAUUUUUUGCAAAAAUGGAGUUUACAACAAAAAGUACCUAAUGAUUGGACUAUGAAUUUUAUUGUGGAGCCAUUUGGUCUGACCUCUAAGAUUCUGCGUUUGGUUAAGAUUUAUUUAGAGUACUGCAAGAUGUUUCUUAAAUCAAUCUGCGAUUUAAGUAUACCUAAUAAUUAGGUUCAAAGUUAUUAAGAAUAAAUGAGUACAAAAUUUGCUGUUGAAAGUUUUGUAUGUCCUGAAUUCCUGAAAUGUGAUAAACAAUUAUUGUAUAUUUUUUUAUAAAUGAAUAUAAAAUAUUGAAUAGGUUUUAUGUUUAAAUUUUAUGGAGUUCGUUUUAUAUGUAUUUUUUUUUAUUUUUUGUUGAAACUUAAGACAAUAAUUUUCGGAUUAGAAUUAAAAAAUGUGAAAUAAAAGACUCGUAAACUUAAUUUACAUUAA